AAGAUGAAAUAUUAUUUGCUUUUGUUGAUGCCGGUGUUGUCUUGUUUGACUGGAAUUUCAUUAGCGAGAAAACUACCUUCGUUUAUAGAAGUUUGCCGACCGAAACACACGGAUAUCAACGAAUGCUUGAAAAGAAACAUCGAAAUUUUGAAGCCGAAAUUAAAGGAUGGCAUUCCGGAAAUGCAUAUCCCUUCGUUCCGACCGUACGUCCUUCCUCAAGCCAACGUACAAUUGGGCGAUAAUUUCUUCGCGACUAUCAAGAAUUUGAGCUUGUCUCUCCCUAAGAGUUUCAUCGUGGACGAUUUGAAAGCCGAUUUGGAUAAGGUAAAGCUUUAUAUCAAACUUAGGAUACCGGAGAUUGUAGCAACGACUCAGUACAGUUUGAAGGGGAGGUUGCUGAUAUUGAAUCUGGACGGCGAGGGUGCUGGUUACAUCAAUUUGACCGACGUUCAUGCAGAAGUAACGGGCUAUGGUAAAAAAGAAAACAGGAAUGGAAAGGACUACUUGGUAAUCGGCGAUUUUGAUAUUUUACCGAAAACUAAAUCUAUGCACCUCAUUUUGGAAAAUUUAUUUCCCAAUAAUCAAGAACUGACAGAUUCGGCGAACAAACUUUUCAACGAAAACCAACAGGUUUUGCUCGAAGAUUUCAAUCCAGCCAUACUGAAGAUUGUCAAGGAAAUUAUCAUUGGCCUCAUGAGUAAUUUCUUUAAUCGAUAUAGUUACGAUGUUCUAUUUCCAGAUGAUUAG